UCAAAAUGAGCAUCUUUUACGCCAGGAUGUGUGUAUACGAUAAAUGUUCAACAAGCUCUUACGUAGAUCUGGAUGAGAAGAAUGAAACCAAAGGGCAGCUUCAGCUCUCAAUGAUAGAUGUGCAGAUAGAAAGUCUCCUUGCUAUCGUGCUUGGGGGAGUCGGAUGGUUGAUCCUUUUUUGGAAUACCAAAAGAAAAGUGUCGAUUCCAUCCAUGUUUGUGAUUGGGGGAAUUUUACUACUUGUGGCCGUUACAUCUGAGUUCGCUGUCUUGCUUCGAUUUAUCGCCACGAACGCUUCCAGAAAAGCAUCACAGGGGAAAGACAGCGCUCUCGGAUUUCCAUACUCAUUAAUACUUGUCGGCUUUGGUAUUGUAUUCAUGCUUGUUGCUGUUAUAAGAAGCUUUGUCUUCUUUAUCAGAAAUGAACAUAAUGAAGAUAACACGAAGACUUAUCAACAAACGGAAGAUGAACCAGGGAGGAAUAUCACUGAAAACAAAAUCUAA